AUCGAUAGGACACAUCACUAUCGAUACAACAUCUGAUAUUUUUUGGUAUAAUACCGCAAAGUAAAUAAAAAAAUGAAAAUAAUUGCAUACAUCCUUGUCUGGCUGAGUUUUACCCAAAGCAAUGGGGCUACUGAAAGUUGUGGAUGUUCAAAGCUUAACAGGGAGCAGAGCCAAGACAAGGCUCAGCUGUUACACAGAGUGUGCGAGCAGAAAUCCCGCAGUGCACACAGCCACUACCGAGACUACUAUGGCGAGAUGGAACAGGAAUUAGAGCCAGAAAUCGAGGGAAUGUCCCUAAUUCCUGGAGGAAUUUUUACCGUGGGCACAAACAAGCCACACUUCCACGCUGAUAGGGAGGGACCGGAGCGCCAGGAGAAGCUGAAUGACUUCUACCUGGACAAAUACGAAGUUUCAAACGACGCGUUUUCUAUUUUUGUGGAAGCCACAAAUUACACUACGGAGGCAGAGCACUUCGGUGACAGCUUCAUGUUCAAGACACUACUCGGUGCCGAUGAGCAGAAGGCCAUGGAGCACCUUCGCGUGGCCAGUGCUCCCUGGUGGUACAAAGUUUCUGGUGUAAGCUGGCGCCAUCCGAACGGUAAAGACAAGGGCCUAGAAGGCCUCGGGCAACACCCGGUGGUCCACGUCACGUGGCGCGAUGCCGUGGCCUACUGCACCUGGAUUGGAAAGCGGUUGCCCAGUGAGGCGGAGUGGGAGGUGGCCUGUCGGGGCGGAAAGGAGCGCAAGCUCUUCCCUUGGGGUAACAAGCUUAUGCCCCGAGAGCAACACUGGCUGAACAUUUGGCAGGGUGACUUUCCGGAAGGCAACUUGGCCGAGGACGGGUUUGAGUUUACUUGUCCAGUAGACGCAUUUCGGCAAAACGCCUUCGAUUUGUAUAACAUGGUGGGCAACGUUUGGGAAUGGACAGCGGAUCUUUGGGACACCAACGACGUCAGUGAAAGCCCCAAUCGAGUUAAGAAGGGCGGCUCGUACCUUUGCCACAAAAGUUACUGCUACCGCUACCGCUGCGCAGCCCGCUCUCAAAACACAGAAGAUAGUUCGGCCGGCAACCUGGGUUUUCGGUGCGCCAAGGACGCGUGAUCCAUGAACGUGUUCAAUAUAGAAACUUGUUAUGCAAUACAUACUUUUAAAUAAGUUAUAAGAAAUCAAUAAAGUGUACUUUAGCACUUAUUUUGGUACAUGGAACCCGACCCGUGAAACGAAUGUGGAGUUUCUAAGAUUAA